CGAUUGAAAAUGAAAAUGACAGCAUGAUAGUUUAAAAAAUAUUGUGGUUGAAAGGUGUUCGACAUGUUCAUUGGUCGGACUAAAAUGAGCAUGACCAAAGUGGUCUGCAGUCGAAUAGACUGAAUAUAUGAAUUCUUGAAGUCUUGAAUAAUAAUACCAAAAUUUCAAUUAUUGAUACACCUACGAAUUUGAAAGUAUAUCAGAUUAGGAGUAUCAGGAUUCAGGAUAUUAGAAUUUUGAAAUGGCAGUGGCAGCAGAUGAACUAAUGCUACUUGAGAGAGUCUUUCUUCGGUUGGGAUCUGCAGAAACUGAUGAACAGUUACAGAAUGUAUUGUGCAAGUUUUUGCCCCCUGUUCUGCUCAAACUAUCUUCUCAACAAGAGGGUGUUCGUAAAAAGGUGAUGGAGCUAUUGAUUCACGUUAAUCGUAGAAUUAAAACCAGACCGUUGGUAGGAUUACCAGUUGAAGCCCUUCUCACACAGUAUCAGGAUCCUUCGGCCACUUCCUUCGUGACAAAUUUCACAAUAAUCUAUUUGAAAUCUGGCUUUCCUCGUCUGCCAAUAGAAAAGCAAGCAGAGCUUGUGCCAACAGUUCUUAACGCUCUAGAAAAUAAGCCUCAAUCUCACUGUGAUGGAUUGCUUCUAUUGAUUGUCCCACUUCUGGGCAAAGUUAAAGUUCCUACAGAACCCGAAAAAUUAGCUAAUCUAUUCGGCUUGAAGGAAAAACCUAAAAUUGUUAAGAACUUGUUAGAUAUCAUGUUGGAUAUGAUACUUUUACCUUAUAGUGCAUUGUCUCCCCAAAAUCCAGAAAACGAAGAACAGUCUAACGCUGUUUCACUGCCUGUUCCCUCUUGUAUGAGUGAAACUUCCUAUAAAAGAGUCACCACUAAUAACCUCUUGAAGCCGGAAGAUCUUGAGGAGAUAAAACUGGGGAUAGUAAAAUUUUUAGCUCAUGGAGUAUUCAGUAAUGAAGACAUUUUGAUUCAUCUAGUAGUCGCUGCAUCGGAUACUAGAUUUGCCGUCGCCAAUCUUGCAGAUACAGAAUUAAAGAAAGUUGUUGGAUCUAUAGAUUGGUCUGCUUCCCAUGUUUCAGUUCCACUUUACACCUUAUUCUUAGGCAGCCAAGGAAAAUCAGUCAAACCAGACCAGAAGAAGUCUCCUGCAAAUACAAGAAUUCGGUUAAAAUUGUUGACACAUCUCUGUAAGGUGACUGGGGGUGGAUUUGCGUUUCCUCAGUGUAUUCAAAUUGUUUUUGAUUCACUGUACGGGGUUAACACAAAUAGCAGAUUGAAAACGUUGGCCCUCAAUUUCACUGCUAAUAUUAUUCGAUAUGCCAAUGAAGAUCCUCUGAGUAAAGUGGCCCCCGUUCUACUAUCUGGUUUGCAAAAACUGAUUAGAGAAGGUGAAGAAGUCCAUCAUGGACAAGCCUACACCAUCAUUGGAAUGUUGGGUCAGCGCUUUCCCAAAAUAGUGUACCAUGAUGUCGGUUUGCUUGAAAUGUUCUUUACGAACAUGGAAUCCGCUAAUCCAGAUUUACGCUUACAAAUUCGGGAAGGGCUUUUGAACCUGAUCUUGGCUUACAAAUACGAUAUUUACCCAACGGAAUGUGACCAAGAUGGAAGGUUGAAUAUACUCUUUGUGCUUAUCAAGUGUAAGAUAUAUUCUGAAGAGCCUAUGGCUAGGUUUGCUGCUGUUAGGACUUUGGCGACUAUUUUUCCACCAAAUCAUGUUCCUUCAAAGUUUUUACUUUUGACAGCCACUGGAGACAACAAAGAUGAAGUGUCUGCAGAAGCGUUCAAAUCCCUAUAUGGUACUACACGAAAAAAUGACGUAGACAUGUCCAAGGAGAAGAUGAAAGACAAAAUAAUCAUGCCAUCAUUCGAAGAAAUCACUAGCUAUAUUACCAGUGAAGCAGAAAUCAAUAUGAAGAAUACCUCAAAGUGUUUUAGCUUAGGAAAUCGAGUAUUACCAUUUGCUGUGAACGUGUACGCUGAGAUUCUCAUUUAUUUAAGGCUUUGUCUUAUUAGAGAUUUGGAUAUACCUCUUACCAGAGAUAUUCUCAAACAUCCUUGCGAGUAUUCACCAAAAAUAAGCCAUCUGCUCCUUUCAAAGAUAGCUGAUACUACCAUGAAGAAAGAUAAAAAUCCAUUGGUAUUGUAUACUAACUUAGUACGGGACCUUAUGGUUGCAAAUCCAGCCCCAGAGCCUUUAUGUUGCAUGGUGGAGCUGAUAGGAUGUCUUCCUAUUCUCUACCAAAACAUUUCCAAGGAUAUAUCUUGGAUAAAAGACCAGCUAAGUUCCACUAAAGAGGAUGUUCGGGAAUACAGUGCAAUUCUCUAUGCUGCUAUCCUAACACACUCGGUCACUGACAACGAAUUCGAAGUUGCGAUUAAAGAUUUGUUGACGCAAGCAAACAGUAAAAAUUUGGAGUCUCAGCAUGGGGCUCUUCUUGCCGUUGGUCAUUGUUUAGAGAAUAAAAUAUCCGUCAGGAAGGCUGCAGGGCAGAAAGUUGAUAAUUGGAGUCUAGUGAAAGUGUCAGUUGAAGUGUUGAGUCCGUUUUUCAAACAUCAGAACCCCCUUUUGAUGGGUGCUGCCUGCACCAGUAUUGGUUUACUAGGGAGAAUUCAUGGCCUGCCUCUUGAUGAUGGCAAACCACAAGGAAACGGCAGUCCCGACCCAAAAAGAGUUGCUACUGAUAUCACCAAAAUCGAUAUUGUCACUCAAUUGCUGGAUGUUAUGAAUAAUGUCAAAUUUUCCGCAAAAGUUAGAGAGAGAGCAGCAAAGUCUUUGGGUCUCUUGUGCGUUGGAGAGAGGUUCCCUCAUACUAGACAAGUGCUCCAGGGAUUCCUCAAUACAGCUAAAGAGACAAAAGAUGUGGAAGUCCACUUCACAGUGGGCGAAUCUCUUGUGAUGUGUUGCCAAGGUAUAUGGUCCCCGGAAGCUCGAAACCCUUGGACUACCCUUCCUAAUGAGUACGUUCCUGUAACUAGUGAGGCCCAACCUGACGACGAUCUAGAAUGGCUCUUAGGGGAGUUACUAUCUUUGGUUGGACAAACCCAUCCCAAUUCGAAGCAAGCCUCUUGCAUCUGGUUGCUCGCUGUCAUUAAGGGUUGCGGACAGAGGGAGCCUAUUACUAAAAGGCUGAAAUUGCUGCAAAAUGCCUUCAUGGAACUGAUUUGUGAAAAUAAUGAUAUUAUUCAAGAUGCCGCUUCUAAAGGUUUAUGUGUUGUUUAUGAUACAUACAAAUCGGAAGAAUUGUUGAGUGCUUUGGUUAAACAGCUCACUUCUGGUACUAGACAAGUGAGUCAAGUAACCAGUGAUACGAAAAUAUUCGAGGAAGGACAACUUGGAGCUGCACCAACAGGUGGCAACUUAACAACGUACAAAGAACUUUGCUCCCUCGCUUCUGACCUCAACAAACCUGACUUGAUUUAUCAAUUUAUGCAUCUUGCAAACCACAACGCCAUCUGGAACUCGAAAAAAGGUGCAGCGUUUGGGUUCUCCAGCAUAGCAGAGAGAUGUGGAGAAGAUCUCAAAUCAUAUUUACCACUCAUUAUACCGAAACUGUACAGAGUCAGACAGUCUUGCUGUUUAGCGUUGCAAGACUUCCUGAAAGGUUCAGGCAAUAGGACUAUACAUGAUGCUAUCGAUUCGAUGAAUGACUUAUGGACAAAACUCUUCAGAGUAAUGGAUGAUCAUCACGAACAAACUAGGAUUACUGCUACUCGAACCGCGAGAGUAUUGAGUAAGUUAUGUAUAAGAGGUUGUGACGUUAGUCAAGGAAAGGCAGGGGUUAAAAUGGUGGAGGCUAUAUUACCGCCAUUACUCAACAUUGGUAUUACAAAUUCGGUAGCUGAAAUACGUCUAAUCAGUUUGCAAACUGUAUCGGAACUAGUAACAUCGGCAGGCAAACAGUUGAAACCCUUCUUAUCAAAACUGAUACCUGCCCUCUUGCAAGCUACUGGUGAAUUGGAAUCUUCUAAACUGUCGUAUCUCAGUACAAGGUUAGGUGCACAGUCUCAAGCACAAGAGAUGGUUGAUAGCGCCAGGGCUUCAUUCGCCAAAUCUCAUUUCACUACCGAAACUGUAUCAAAAAGUCUGCAAUACGCAGAUGCUUCCAUUCUAGAAGAGUUAGUUCCUAAAAUCGUGGAAUUGAUGAAAGGCUCUGUAGGAUUAGGAACUAGAAUCGCAUGUAAGUUUCUAGCUACUCUAGUAAAUGGCCUGACCGACAGAAAUGCUGCUAUCAGAAAGCAUUAUGCUACUGCUAUAGGCCAUCUGGUUUCAACUGCAAAAGAAUCUAGUCUUGAGAAGUUGUUUGCCAAGUUGCAAACUUGGUAUUUCGAAAGAGAAGAUGAUUCGAUUCGUUCAGCUUGUGCGCAAACCAUUCAAUCGAUCGGUAUCCACAAUCAAGAAAUCCUCAAAACUCACGCUGAUAUAUUGUUGCCGUUGGUGUUCUUUGCGAUGCAUGCAGAGAAAACACCGGAAACCGAAAAAACCUUGGAAAUAUGGACCGAAAUUUGGUCGGAACAGAGUCCAGGCACUGAAACUGGCAUUCGACAAAAUUUGCAAAGUAUAUGUGAUAUGCUGAAGACUGCUCUAGAAUCCCCUUCAUGGACAAUGAAAGCUCAGAGACGGAAUCAAAGAAGAUCCAUAAAUAUACCAGCAAUAGUAGAAGCGGUCAUUAAGGAGAGCAGAAAAGACGAAAUAGUUUACAAAAACCACGCACUCCAAUCACUAGGAGAAAUAGUUUCGUCCUUAGACAUCGACCGAUUCGAAGAUAUUUACGGAAUCAUACAGGGUAUUCUAGUCGACCAAAACACUCACAAAGAAGAAGACGAGGACAUUUCUGGCGAAGAAAUUUCGAAGAACAGGGAGAAUCGAGUGAAGCUCAAGGAAACCGCUUACGAAACUUUGGGCAAAGCAUGGUCAGGGACCACUAAAGUCACACAAGAAAAAUACAGGGAAUUAUUCGUAGAACACUCGGUACAGUACUUGCCGAUGGUCACAAGAUCAGUUCAAGUCAGUGUAUUAUCGGCACUUUACUGUUAUGUGGAUAAGUUGAUAUUGCUCAAUGAAGAAAAUUUGACAGAUGUGGAAAAAAGUAGCCUGGAAAAAAUUGUGAAAAAUAUCAAUGUUGCUGUUGAGUAUGCUUUAGGCAUAUCGAAACAUACUAGGUUGAGGAAGGAAGCUUUGAAUGUUGUUUUUUGUUUAGCGUCGAAGUUGAAAGAAAAGAAUAGAAUUCAGGAAUUUGAGAAACUGAGGAUUAUGUUUUCGGAAGUGUUGCCGAACAUAGUCAGUGAUAAUCAGCCUGAGGUGAAAUCUAGGGUUAUUGAUAUCAAGAAAAUAUUGAUAAGCCAAUAAUAAUUUAUUUUUUUAAUUUAUAUUGAAUAAAGUCUUAACCUACUAUC